AUGGCCUCCAGCCGGUUGGACGUUCCUUUGGCCGAAUCACUGAGACGGAGCACAGAAAAUUUGACCGAGCUAUUGGCUGCUACGGAGACAUUAAAUAAAAGUACUUCAGAAGAAAUUUUAGCUGAGGCCUUAGAAGAGGACCCGCUCGAAUUUUCUCCAGAACUUGGAGAUAUCGAGUUUGAUCUACCCGUAGUCGAUGAUUUGCCAACACUAGAGAGCAUCUUGUCUGAACAAAAUGAUGUCCCGGAUUCUCCAGAUGUCCAGCUCAUUAUGGAGCAAAAAGGAUCGAGCAAACAGGCUGCUUUCGACUCUCGAUCAAACAGACCGGUUGGUCGCCAGAGCAAAACGGUUCACGGUUCUGUGUUGAGGAAUAAGUUUUUGAAGGGAGUGUCGAAGCAGAUGACGGAGACGGCGCAUCAAUCGGGAGUUGGACUUCCAACGGCAAUGUCUGUUCGUAUGGUUAUUGCUAUUGGAACGUCACAUGGUGUCGUUCUUGUAUUCGACACAUCACAGGCAUUGAAAUGGGUGUUGGGAGAUAUCAAGGAAGACAGUCAAUAUGGUGCGAUUUCUGCUUUGGAUAUUAAUCAGGAUUCUAGUAGGUUGCUGUGUGGAUACGCAAAAGGCCAGCUGACUAUGUGGGAUCUCGAUUCUGGAAAAUGUUUGAGGAUAGUUACGGAUGCUCAUCCUCCUGGCUAUGCUGUCAUACAAGUUGCUUUUACAGAUGACUCAACGUGUGGCUUGUUCUCUGACAGCAUGGGUUCAGUAUAUUUAAUGAAUUUCAAACGAAAGUUAGGGAUGCGAUCCACUGAGACCAAAUGCAUGUUUUCUGGAAGUCGUGGAGAGGUAUGCACGAUGGCUCCCUUACACAUGACUCUUUUCAAGAAAAAUCCGCUGAGUCAGUAUUCAUUGGUGGCUUUAGCCACUUUUUCUAAGGUUCUUCUAAUCUCUACCAGUCCUAGACUUGAAGUCUUGUUUAGUCAUCCCUUGACGGGUGAUGCGGCAUCUCUUCCUCUCCUCGACUGGUUCUUCGUCAUCAUUCAAACAGACAAAGGAAGAGUAGUCAACCCAGUUCUCGCAUUUGCUCGAUCGAAUUUGGUCAUGUUUGAUCAGAUUUCGUCUGAAGAUAAACAUGUGGUAAUCACACACUUAAGGUCGAUGAAGUUGCCGUACAAAGUGGCCUCAUUGAAGUGGAUUAAUGCACAAAUUGUCGUGUUCAUGGACACAUUGGAGCACUUCCACGUUGUCGAUGUGAAAUCAGAGGAGGAGCUGGAGGUUAUUGAUAUGUCUUCGGUGGAACUGAUUUAUAGCAGCAGCUUCUUCAAGUCUCUUGCUACUGGUGGAAACGUCAGCAAAGCUCUGGCAUCAGCUGGUCGGUAUGCUUGCUACCAAUCUGUCGUGUCAAAUGCUGGUGAAAUCCUAGUUUUGGGAUGGAAGGCUGUACAUGUGCUUUCACUUCGUAAAUGGGAGGAGCGCUUAAACUACAUGCUGAGAGAAGAGAGAUUUCUUGAUGCAUUGAGUCUCGCUCUCACAUUUUACAAUGGAACAGCCAAGGCUGUAGUUGGUUUGGAUGGAGAUCGAGCAGUGCAGCAAGCUGCAGUUGUUGAUCAGUUGAUGACGAUUUUGAUUGCUUACGUUGAACUUUCGUUGUCUACAAAUCGACCGCAUGAAGGAGGCAGGAACGAAUUAGUUUUGUUUUUUCAGAGUGUUGUUCAAGUCUGCAUUGAUUACUGCCUGGCAGUCGACCAAACUGACAUCCUUUUCUCUGAUCUCUACAAUAACUUUGUUGAAGAUCCAGUCGGCAAGUCAGUCUUCCUUCAGUGUCUGGAACCAUACAUCUUAGCAGACAAGUUGAGGUCACUCAGUCCAAUUGUACUAAAGGAUUUUGUUGAGCUUUACCAAGAGAGGGACAAGCUGCAAGCUGUUGAAAAAUGUCUCGUCCACAUGGAUGUCGCAAACCUUGAUCUCCAUCAGAUGGUCAUUUUGUGUUGGACGUAUGGAUUGUAUGAUGCAAUGAUCUAUGUAUACAACAGAGGAAUGAAUGACUAUGUCACUCCACUGGAGGAACUACUGCGAUUGCUGCGAGCAGCAGCAAAGCCAAACCAACAGCUUUCGACUGAACGAGAAACCAUCGGCUACAAGGUGCUCGUGUACAUCAAUUGUUGCUUUGCUGGACGAGGCUAUCCAACUGGAAGUAUUCCUGAUAAUAAGAAAAUGACAGUCAAAUCAGACGUCUAUAACGUUCUCAUAGCAAAACAUACAAGAGACGCCGUUGAUGACGAGUCGACGUACCCAAAUCUCAAGACUUUGUUGAAGUUUGAUCCACGGGAAUUUCUCAACGUUCUUUCACUGGCUUUCGAUGAGAGAGAAUUCGACGAUCAACCGAGUAGGGCUCAACUACAUGGACCAAACAGGCAGGAAGUAGUCAAUAUACUUCUUGCUCUGAUGGUCAGCACUCCUGGAUCACGAGCUGUGUCUGAGGUUGGGUAUUUGUUCACGUUCUUGGCACGUCAGUUGGCCAGACAUGGACAACAUAACUUGCACAUUAGCUCAAAUGUUUUUGAUCAGAUGAUUGUCUAUUUGACCAAUUCAGACGAUGACAGCAGGCAUGAAGAACGACAACAGUCACUCCUUGACAUGUUGGUUAAUGGCAUUUUGAAGCAAUAUGGCAAAGGACGUUAUGAUGAAGACAAACUGCUUAUGUUGGCAGAAAAUGCUAAAUUUUUUCGGGUUUUGGAGAUGCUGUAUGAACAAAGACGGCAGUUGGCAAAGAUUUUGUCUUGCUAUUUGAGAGAUCCAGUUAGAAAGAAAAUGGCAUUUGCUUACAUCCAUGGAGUAAUGACAAGUGAUGACUACGUCAACUUUGAGAGGCAGGAAGUCGAACAAGCUGCUCUUGCCAGCCUCCCAGAACUUGUGGCAAUAGACUGUGAGGCUACUGCAAGACUGGUUCUUAUGGACUUUGCACACGACAUCAUGGAAGUUGUACAUAGACUACAGGGAUAUCCUCAGGUGCUGUAUGAAUUUCUUCAGGGUGUGUUUGAGAGCAAAGCUGGGUUUGCAGUCAGCAAAGCUGAUUCUCCACCACCACCCGACGUGCAUGAGCAAUACAUUGAACUGAUGUGCAUCUACAAACCAACCUCCGUAUUCAAUUAUCUUCGAAGGUGUGACACAUACUUUCGUUUGGAGCAAACGCUAGCAAUGUGCGAGAAACACAAAGUAAAGGAUGCACAAGCACAUCUCUUGGAAAAGACUGGAGCUGUGAGAGAAGCAUUUGAUCUUAUCCUAGAGACACUCAAGAAACAUAUUAGAACUGUUCUUGAAGCUUACAGAAAUGGAGAAGAUUCACAUCAGGCGUUGCAGUUGGUUAACACAACGUUGAUGGUCAUUAUCCAGUUGUGCCUGAGGAAUUCGAGUCUCAAGCAGCGUGAAAGAGAGUACUUGUGGUUUUCUCUUCUUGAUGUUGUGAUGGGUCCAUGCAGAGACUUGAGAGAACAACCUCGAUAUCAGAAAACUUUUAAGGAUCUCAUGCAACAAGUGUUGAACAGUCUUGUUGGUCAUGUGUCACUAGCAUCUGUAUUGCAGAAAAUUUUACAGGAUCCAACAUAUCAAGGUAGAGAGCUGAAAGAGGUUAGAGAAUUAAUACUGGACAUGCUGGAAACAUACAACUACGAGAAGACACUUCUUGAGACAACAAAUCAUCUACUUGCAACAGACAAUCAUGUCUCCCUACGACAACUAGUAGCAACAACCAGUCGAGGCAAACAUGACAGAAAUAGAGCUACUGGCUCAAAGGCUGCUGGUGGUCAGGAGGCCACAUCACUCUAUUCACAUCAGAUACAGGCGGCAGUGCAAUUUCAUAGAGAAUCGAAAACGUCAUCGAAGAUCGGGUUGUUCGUAUCUGCGGCUGACAGCCGAGGAGCUCAUCAGGGUGGCAUUCUACAGGACCCUGACUUUGACCUGAAAUUGGUACCUGUGAGAUGGUAGCAAAGAUGUUGUAUAGUUUAUUAUUGUAUUGAAAGGCAAAUUGCAAAACAUUAAAUUUUCUUGG